CAGUCAUAUUCAGCGGCGUCCCCUCAGCCCGACUCAGUCCCCUCGGUCAAGCAAAGAGGCAAACCCCCAGCCAAAAAGCUGGCUCUGAGCACAGAAUCAUCUGCUUCGCCGACCCCCCAAGCCUACUCCUCGGCAAGUGAAUAUUCGACGCCGCUUACUAGCAAUGUUGCGACGCCAGUACCUACCGAGGCCCCCUUGACUGUUCCAGGGAAGAGGAUCGAAGUGGUACUUACCACUCGGAGAGCCCGUGCUAGACCUUCAAAGGUCCCCGAAGACGACCCAUACUCUGUCGCACCCAAGCGCAAGAGAAAUGUCAUCGAGGACAGUGAGGAAGAGCUCUCGGACUAUUCCCCAGAUGCUGAGCUUGCGCGGAGGUUGCAGAAGGAGGAAGACGCUGCUGCUGCCAAUUUCGCGAUCCCCUCUCUCCAAACAAAGGCUAAACCCCGAUCUCGGCGAGCCGGUCUAACUAAGGACAAGACCGAGGCCAUGUUCACUUCUCCACGUGCACGUGCACCCGUUCGCCGUUAUGGUAAGAAGAACGAGGAAGUGUCUCUUCCACAAACAUCAAAGACGCGAGUGGGUGUUAAGAGACCCGCCAUCGUUUCAGAUUCAGAGGAUGACGACGACGACGAGGAUGAUGACGACUUUGAAGAGGUCGACAGCGAUGACUCUCUUCCGUUGAUCAAGACGCGAGCAGCAAGACCACCAACCGGUCCAAUCAGGAACCACGAUCUCAACGUGGCUGCAGGUGAGAGCGAGAUCUCUGAAGACGACUUUGAUGGCACCGCCGACGAUGUUAGCGACGACGAUGGCAGCAACAUCGCGUCUGAAGUUGGCAGCACCGCUGGAGCCCCAACUAAUAGGAGCAAUUCGGCUAUUCGCACAGCCAUGGCCAAUCGACGCGCUUACAGAUCUUAUGCGAAUUCUCGACGUGUUAGGAAUGAUCGUCGUCGUCUUGAGAAAAAUCACCCCGAGCUCACGACAAUGUGGGAGGAUCUGAAGAAUAUGCCCAUUUUAAAGGCUGGAAAGGCGGCGCAGCCAACGUCCAUUUCUCGCCAGCUGAAGCCUUUCCAGCUUGAGGGAUUGGCUUGGAUGCAGGCGAUGGAAAAGACCGAGUGGAAGGGGGGCCUUCUGGGUGACGAGAUGGGCCUUGGCAAAACAAUCCAGGCCGUUUCCCUCAUCAUGUCCGACUUCCCGCAGCCAAAGCCGACACUGGUGCUCGUCCCUCCGGUUGCUCUGAUGCAAUGGAUGACUGAGAUUGAAUCCUAUACCGACGGCACACUGAAGACGCUUGUCUAUCACGGCACAAACGCCAAGUCCAAGAACAUCAAGGUGAAAGAUAUUAAGAAGUAUCAUGUCAUCAUCAUGUCCUACAACAGCUUGGAGUCGGUCUUCCGCAAGCAAGAAAAGGGAUUUAAGCGCCAAGGAGGUCUUGUCAAGGAGAAGUCUGUCAUCCACCAGACCGAGUUUCACCGCAUCAUUCUUGACGAGGCUCACUCCAUCAAGACGAGAACCACGAUGACAGCCAAGGCGUGCUUCGCCCUCAAGGUCACAUACCGAUGGUGCUUGUCCGGGACUCCUCUGCAAAAUCGCAUUGGCGAGUUUUUCUCCUUGAUUCGUUUCCUCAAUGUCCGUCCAUUCGCAUGCUAUUUAUGCAAGUACUGUCCCUGUAAGACAAUGGAAUGGUCUAUGGACGAGGACAGUCGCUGCACCGAGUGCAAGCAUGGAGGCAUGCAGCAUGUUUCGGUCUUCAACCAGGAGCUGCUCAACCCGAUCCAAAAGUACGGGAAUCGUGGAGAGGGCGCCGAGGCCUUCAAGAAGUUGCGCGUCCUGACGGAUCGAAUCAUGCUCCGUCGGCUCAAAAAGGACCACACCGACUCGAUGGAGCUGCCUGUGAAGGAGAUCAAUGUUGAACGUCAGUUUUUCGGCGAAGCUGAGAACGAUUUCGCAAACUCGAUCAUGACCAACGGUCAACGCAAAUUCGAUACCUAUGUGGCCACCGGUGUUCUCCUCAACAACUACGCCAAUAUCUUCGGCUUGAUCAUGCAGAUGCGCCAGGUCGCUGAUCACCCGGAUUUGCUCCUGAAGAAGCACAGCGAGGGCGGCCAAAACGUCAUCGUGUGCGCCAUAUGCGACGAGACUGCGGAGGAUGCCAUCCGAUCUAGGUGCAAGCAUGACUUCUGCCGCACAUGUGUCAAGAGUUACCUGAAUUCGGCAGAGGAGCCCAACUGCCCACAAUGCCACAUUCCCCUCUCGAUUGAUCUUGAGCAGCCCGAGAUUGAGCAGGACGAGACCAUGGUCAAGAAGUCCUCGAUCAUCAACCGGAUCAAGAUGGAGAAUUGGACGUCCUCGUCCAAGAUUGAGCUUUUGGUCCACGAGCUCCACAAGCUGCGCUCGGACAAUGCCUCUCACAAGUCGAUCAUAUUUUCACAGUUUACAACCAUGCUUCAGCUCAUCGAGUGGCGUCUCCGCCGUGCGGGUAUCACCACUGUGAUGCUUGAUGGUAGCAUGACACCUGCUCAGAGACAGGCUUCGAUUCAUCAUUUCAUGACCAAUCCGGAUGUGGAAUGCUUCCUCGUCUCGCUCAAGGCUGGUGGUGUAGCGCUCAACUUGACAGAGGCGUCUCGCGUCUUUAUCGUCGAUCCCUGGUGGAAUCCCGCAGCUGAGUGGCAGAGCGCCGAUAGAUGCCACCGCAUCGGGCAGACGCGACCCUGCACGAUCACGAGACUGUGCAUCGAAGAUUCGGUAGAGAGCCGCAUGGUGCUUCUGCAAGAGAAGAAGACCAACAUGAUCAACUCGACUAUCAACUCGGACGAUGCCGCCAUGGACUCGCUGAGUCCGGAGGACCUGCAGUUCUUGUUCCGUGGCAGCUGA